AAAAGAGCCAAAGACGACGGGGCAAUCCUGGGUUCCGCAAUGCGGACCCGGGCCGCCUAGGGACCUUAAAGCUUAAUUUGAACCCGCAACGUCCUCCGGACUCCUGUCAUACCCAAGACGUACAACAGGUGCCAUGCUUCUUGGGUUACAGUGCCGUCACUUCUUGAGGCUGGCCCGGCGUCAGAGGGGGGGGUUCCUCCUCGCUGGACUCCUCCAUACAAUUCCCUUCAUUGCGACUCCCCAAUCUCGUCGACUUCAGCCUCUUUCAAACACGCCAUGCAAACAGCAGGAACCAAGACAGCCUCUCGUCCCUGGAGCACCCUCGACAGUGCCAUCCGAACCCGUCGGCCCCAUCCCGACCGAAACUCCUCCCGAACGAUCCCCGGCCCCAACUGAACACGACAACCCGAAAAAGAAGAACCGCCUCGCGCCGCGCCUCAUCCUCGCCGUCACAUGCACUGUCCUAGGCCUCUCAGCAGGCUCCUCCCUGCGCCUCCUCUUCUCCCCGCCGCCCCCGCCCGAGCCAGGCUCCGAGGUGGAUGCCUACAUGAUGCGCGUCUUGCACGAGCAGGCCGCCAAGCUGCCCGUCGUGCAGCGGCUGAGCUCGGAACCGGCGACGUGGGAGUCGUGGGACGCGUACGAGACGCUGUCGCCGCAGCACCGGGCGCGGCAUAUCAGCGCCGGGGCGCUGACCGGCGUGAGAGGGGUUGGCGGGUAUCAGAGGGUGUUCUGGAAUAAGGGAACGGGGGAGAUGGUGAGUGUGAUUUACUUUGGGAACGGGACGACGGGUUGGCCCGGGGUUGUGCAUGGCGGGUGUCUGGCGACGAUUUUGGAUGAGAGUUGUGGGCGCGCGGCCUUCAAGGAGUGGGGUGGGCGGCCCGGCGUGACGGCGAAUCUGGGGUUGGAGUAUAAAAAGAUGACUAUGGCGAAUGGGUUCUAUGUGGUGAGGUGCAAGGUGCGCAGUGAGGAGGAAUUGCCGCUGGAGGAAAGGGGCAAGAGGCAUUAUAAGUGCUGGGUUGAUGCGACGGUUGAGGAUGCGGUGACGGGGUCGGUGACGGUCGUCGCCGAGGCAUUGUUUGUUGGCGGGAAGGGGAAGAAAGGGGGAGGAUUUGUGCUUGGGGAUGGAGGACCGCUGGGUGGGAACCAGGAAGAGGCACACACGAAGUUCUGAGUCUGAGAAGCGCGGGCGAUGUAUAAUGGUGUAUAUUUGGCUUGUGACAUUGGCGACGCGCGACAGCAACGCGCGAUGGCAUCGUGCGCGUGGUGCCUGUUUU